AUGGCAGAGGCUACAGUAAACUUCUUCCUACAGAGACUGGUGUCUCUAUUACUUCGAGAGACUGAAACCUUCGCCGGACUCGAAGAUCAAAUGGAAAGGAUAAAAGGAGCAAUUAAGGAGAUUCGAUGUUUCUAUGGAGAUAGAGGGAAUACAGAAGACGAUGCUGCCUUUUCUACCUGGGAAACUGAACUUAAAAAUAUACUUGAUGACUUGGAUGAUGAUGUCGAUGAAUUGUUAUUCAGAUGGAUCAUCAACAUGGGUCUGAAGGUAGAAUCUCGACUUGCUGAAACCAUUCACAGAAUGAGCGAACUGAAGAAUUCAAGCACCAUUGAAGGUAGGAGGGGAAAAAAGAAGAUCACAAGGAACAGCCCCAUGGAAAGUAAGAAGUCCAGACAGGACUUGAUUCAAUUGCCAGUGAAGGAGAGAAGCAAGAUGAUGGAGGUAACAAAGAGCAAUUUCAUGGAUACAGAGAAGAAUUACUGGAUAGCUAAGGGGAGAUUGAUUCGGCUGUUGGUAGCCGAAGGUCUUAUACAAGAACAAGCUGGUCAAAUAUUGGAGGAUGUAGCAGAAAAGAAUAUUAAUGAACUGGUGAGCCAGGGAAUGCUUCAAGUAGAUGAUGCAUGCCGAGAUAACGGAACUAAAGUCGUUGUUUCCUCUCCUUAUCGGGUGUUCCUUCGUGAUACCUACAUAACAGCUCAACCCGAUUCAGAUUUUUCCAUCCCAACUAAAGCACGCCGUAUUUUAACUCCAGAUAUGAAGAAAGUUGCACGGAGUUUAAACAAUAUCCGACCCCGGGCUUUAUUCUUGUUUGGGAAGCAAGAACUUCCUGACGAGAACUGGCUGAAUUUUGAAGGGGCAAAAUUUUUGCGGGUGCUAGAUCUAGAAGAUGCAAAGAUCAAGAGAUUACCAGACGAAGUGGGAGACCUGAUUCACCUGACAUUUCUUGGAUUGAAAAACAAUGACAUAAAUGAGCUUCCAGACAGAUUUGGUAAUUUGCAAGCACUACAGACUUUGGAUGUUAGAAGGUGUAGGGAUUUGACAGAGCUACCAAUCCAGAUCCUCAAGCUUGUAAGACUGAGGCACCUCAAAAUGCACGAGAACAAAAAUGUUAGCGGGAUGAAGCUACCAGAGGGAAUAGGUAGACUCGGAAGCCUCCUGACCCUCACUGGUGUAUAUGCUGGUGGUGGCAUUGCAGGAGAACUAGGGAAGCUGACACAGCUUAGAAGGCUGGGAGUGAUGGAUGUUGCUGAAGAGAACGCAAGUGAACUAUAUGCUUCAAUAAUGGAGAUGCAGGGCCUUCUUUCCUUGUCUCUAGAAGCAAAGGACACUUUUGACAAAGGGCACCUUGUCCUCCAGGAUUCAUUCUCACCAUCGCCUCUCCUUAGGAAAGUUCGCCUUGAAGGACGUCUAGAAAAAAUACCGAACUGGCUAGGUUCAAUGGAGUUUCUUACAAAGAUAAGGCUAGGUUUUUCUCAUUUAUCUGAGAAUCCAACAUUAGUUCUUCAGGUCCUACCUAAUCUGAAAAAUCUAACCCUGUGGCAUGCUUAUGAUGGAAGGCAGUUAGGGAAAGACUUCUGCAAGGCUGGUGGAUUUCCCAAGCUUGAGGUUCUCAUCAUCGCUUCUCCUGUUCUUGAGGAAUGGACAGAGCUUGAGGAGGGAGCACUACCAAGAUUACAGUACCUUCACUUCCAUAGCUGCUCGAAUCUGAGGAUGCUCCCUGAAGGUUUGCAAUUUGUCACCACAUUGGAGAAAUUGGUUUUGCUGCCUUUGCUUGAUGAGCAUGAAGAAAGAUUGAAACCUGAUGGCGGGGUAGAAAAUUACAAGAUUAGGCACAUUCCAAAGAUAACAUUCAUUCGUACAUCUGCUGUGGCUUCCAUGUUCGAUGCCCAAUUCGGCACUUUCCCCCAACCCUCCACACCCAGUGACAGAUGA